CUGAGUUUCAGUUCUACUUUAGCCAUGUGCCCCAGCAGUCAGCUCGCAUUGGUCUUGGCCCUCAGUUUGGGCCUCGCUCAGUGCCGCCAUCCCUUCACCUUUCUCGAUGUGGGACUGCAGGAGUUUGGCGAUUGCCUGCGCAGCAACAACCUCACCUACGAGGAGUACGAGACGUUUGAGAGCGUCGAAAAUCUGGAGAAGCUGCUGAACGAAGCGCAAGUGGAGCUCAAGUACAAGUGCAACAUUCGCUGUCAGCUGCUGAGGCAGCCACCCAGUGCCCAGUGGCUCGAUGCGGCGGGUCGCAUGGAUCUGCAGCUGAUGAAUGCCACGGGGCAGACGGCGCUGCAGAUUAGCAGCUGCAUGGAGGCUGCAGCUGCAGAGCCCUGUGCGUACGCCUUUCAUUUGGUGUUGUGUGCCCACAAGGCGGAUCAUCCCGUCAUCGAUUAUGAUGAGGAGGAGGAGCAGCAGGAGUACAUGGACGAGGACUACGAGUUGCCCAUCCCUGAGGGUAGCUCCGACCUGUAGCAGUCGCCAAAAAGUGGACAGUAAUUAAUAAGCGCAGGGCGGGGUUAAGGGUCGUUUGAUUUGCAUAAUUAAAUGGAAUUGCAAGGGGCGCGCUCUCGCGUAUGAAUCGAAAUCGCAGCCCAACGAA